UUGCUUUCGCCUUUUUAGGAGAAGAUAGCCCUUGGAGUUACCCCCUGGCGUGGCCCACCCAGCUCCGAGGCUGAGAACACUAGGAGCCCUCCCGCCACCUUUCAGAAAAGUGCUGUACCCGAGAUGGUGGUGACUCUUUCAUGCCCCCCUCCCCAGUCCGGACUUGCUGAUUGUUUACCCGGAAACUAAUAGCCUAUUUUAUAUUACAUCUUCCAAGAUGUAGAUGGAACUGUGUGUUAAAAUCUGGACAUUAAAGUCAGCUGAAGGGAAUCGGUAGGAUUUAUCCACUGAAGGAAGUGAAGCAGUUGCCAUUUCAUUGUAAUGUUUUGUUGUCGUAUUUACUGUUUACCUGCCGGCAUAGUGUUUUACUAUCUGUUGUGCGCUACUUCUGUGAAGUACUGGCUGAAGAAGCAUUUUCUUCCGUAAGCGAUGUCGGAACCGUGUUUUGAAAGGUGGUUAGAGUAGUGCCACCAGCCUUCCUGUCAAUACAGAAACUGUAGUGAAUGGAUUUCUUAAAUGCUGCCAACACCUUUUCAGAAUUUCAUAGGUUUUGAUAAAAGGAAUGAAUCUGGAGUCUGCUGCAGUAAAACACUGAAGGCUUUAAAAUGUUUUCUUGCAUAAAACUCAAACUUUAAAGUAGCUGCUUAUGAGGAUAGGGAAGGCAGGAAGCUAAUGUCUGUCUCAAGAUACAGGACAGCUGUUUGCUCUUCAACCUCAACUGUGUGUGUAACAGAGGAACAUGGCUCAAGAAACUAAUCACAGCCAAGUGCCUAUGCUUUGUUCUACUGGCUGCGGAUUCUAUGGGAAUCCUCGGACAAAUGGCAUGUGUUCCGUGUGCUACAAAGAACACCUUCAAAGACAGAAUAGUAGUAAUGGCAGAAUAAGCCCACCUGCAGCCUCUGUGAGCAGCCUAUCGGACUCUCUGCCUGGCCCGUGCUCGGACGGUGGGGUUGCAGCUGCUCGGUCAGCCUUAGAGUCCACGUCUUCAUCCAUGCAGCCCAGCCCUGUGUCCAAUCAGUCACUUUUAGCAGAAUCUGUAGCCUCUUCCCAAUUGGACAGCACAUCUGUGGACAAAGCAGUGCCUGAAGCAGAAGACCUGCAAGCUUCAGUAUCAGAUACAGCACAGCAGCCAUCUGAGGAGCAAAGCAAGUCUCUUGAAAAACCAAAACAAAAAAAGAAUCGCUGUUUCAUGUGCAGGAAGAAAGUGGGACUAACUGGGUUUGAAUGCCGGUGUGGAAAUGUUUACUGUGGUGUGCACCGUUACUCAGAUGUACACAAUUGCUCUUACAAUUACAAAGCCGAUGCUGCUGAGAAAAUCAGAAAAGAAAAUCCAGUAGUUGUUGGCGAAAAGAUCCAGAAGAUUUGAACUCCUGCUGGAAUACAAAAUCCUUUGACCAUCUGCAAACUAAAAAUUGACUUGAGGUUUUUUUUUCCUAGUCCUUGGGAUGUAGAGCAAUGUAUCUUGCAUAGACCUUUCAAUCAUGCAUGUCAUCAGAAGAAUAGAUUUUUGUUUUUGUUUUGAAAAUGACUCUGAACAUUUAUUUCCAUUGCAGUUUCUGUGGCUGAAAACUUUUAAGUAAACUUUACAAGUAUUAUCCUUUUAAGAUCAUUUUAAUUUUAGUUGAGUGCAGAGGGCUUUUAUAACAAACAUGGAGAAAUUUUGGAGGGCUGUGAUUUUUCCAGUAUUAAACAUGCAUGCGUUAAUCUUGCAGUUUAUUUUCUCAUUGUGUAUGUAUAUAUAGCUUUUCUCUGCAGCACGAUAUCUCUUCUGAGAAUGCCCUUCGGGGCACUAGCAUCAGUAACUGAAUGUAUCUUAAUCAUUUUGGCUGCUUCUGGUUUUGUUUUGUUUUGUUUUCAUUAACAAAGGUUAUACAUAUGUUAGCAUAGAGUUUCUUUGCACCCACUAUUUAUGUCUGAAUCAUUUGUCACAGGAGAAUGUGUGUUGAUAAGAUUUUAAGUUUGUGUGUUUUCAUUUGUUUGAGCGAGGGAAGAAAAGCUGUGUGCAUGUCAUUGCUGGCCACAGGUUUCUUUCAGAUAUGUUCCUGGUCUGUGUGUACAAUAUGAAGAAUGAUCUGAAGUAAUUGUGCUGUAUUUAUGUUUAUCCACCGGUCUUUGAUUAAAUAAAAGGAAAACAACAGUG